AUGCAUUUUCCAAUCUUCGUGACAUUAGCCUGCUGCCUUUUGGCCCUGACUUCGGCCAAUGAAUGGGGCUAUCCGGACUUGGACAGUAAUCCGAAUGAACCUUUUCCCAAGUGGGGCGGUUUGUGUGAUACGGGUAAAAAACAGAGCCCAAUUAAUCUAAAUAGUAAGGGUUCGCUUAAGGGCAUUUUCGAAGAAUUGAAAUUCGAGAACUAUGAUGAGCAUCAGACUGCCUUACAAAUGGUCAACAAUGGCCACUCAAUUCAAAUGUCCGGUUUUAAUCACGAUCUGACUCUAAGUGGCGGAGCCUUGUUGAGUGAUUUUGUGGUGGAACAAAUUCAUCUGCAUUGGUGGUCAGAGCAUACAAUGAAUAAUGAGCGUUAUCCCUUGGAGGCUCACAUAGUCCAUCGCAAUAAGAUCUAUCCAAAUAUAACCAUGGCAGCCAACUUUCCUGAUGGCAUUGUGGUGAUUGGAGUACUCUAUCAUAUGUCCAGCGUUGCGAAUGAAGCAAUUGGCAGCAUUGUGAAAAGUUUGGGAGCUGUAAAGAGCUAUGAUAAUAUCAAUCAGCCAACCAAGGUGGCUGACAGUUUGUCUGUGGAUGAUUUGAUACCCAGAGUGUCGUCCUAUUUCACCUAUGCCGGUUCAUUAACCACUCCCACAUGUGCCGAGGCUGUGACUUGGAUUGUGUUGGCCGAAUCAUUCCCUGUUACCUCUGCUCAGGUGGAUCAAUUCCAGGAAAUUGAAUACGAGGAGGGCAAACAAUUGCAUAAUAACUAUCGAGAAUUGCAGCGAGAGAACAGUCGUGCUGUGGUGCUGGUCGAGCAGCCAGAUGCCAAUCGUUCAGGAGCCACAGCAUUAGCAGGACUUAGUACACUGAUAAUGCUGCCAUUGUUGCUCCUUGUCCGUAAAAUUCUAAACUAAAAGGAAUACACAGGAAUACAUACACAGCCAUGCGGUUAUACCAAAGAGUUUGCACUGAGUUUCUAAUUAGUGUAGCAUACAACGAAUUUUUUUAAUUUUUAUUCAUGGAGAGCAAAAAAUGGAAAAACAACCAGACAAUUUAUACUCAUUAUUUAUACAUACAAAACAUUUGUAAUACAAGUGAAGGAAAUCAUAAAUCAACUAGUCAAUUUGUGUAAAAUUCAACGAAUGUGCCUUAAAGCUCACCUAAACACACAUACACACACACACACACACAAACUAAAUAUACAUA